AUGUCAGGCUCGAUAAUCAUCACAGGGGCGACUGGCUCACUCGCUAUCGAGGCUGUGCAACAGUUCCUAGCGCAUCCCUCCAUAACCGUCGUCGGCACUAUCGCAGGUCAGUAUCCUAUGGGCAAGCUUCUGAUCAAAAGCGUGGACUUGAAUUCGCUUUCGGAAGUACGGGCUUUUGCGGACGAAAUUGCUGGCCUGGUGGAAUCAAAGCAACUUCCCCCAAUUUCUGCGAUCAUAUGCAACGCAUUCACAUGGUCUUUGGGUGGCCAGAACUUCUCAAACGAUCACUAUGAGUCUACAUUCCAAGUCAACCACCUUGCACACUUUUCCCUCGUCCUCAAGAUUCUCCGAAACAUGGAUCAUGACUCGGGUCGAAUUGUCAUGCUUAGCUCUGAAGUUCACGAUCCUGAAGUUCGCAUCCCGCUAUCCAAACUGGGUGCAGAGCUCCCUUCAGAUGAAAACCUUGACCUGUUGGUCAAGCCUGGUCCAGAUGAGGCUGGGACAGAACAUGACAUGGGCUGGCGCCGAUACGCAAACAGCAAGCUGGCCAACGUCAUGUUCAUGCAGAGUUUGAAUCGUCGACUCCAACAGAAUCCGAAAUUCAGCAAAGUCACAGUGACGGCCAUGGACCCAGGUGGUCUUGUUGACUCCCGUGCCCAUACGUCUCAACGUGCACUUGUUCGAAUCGCAUUCAAGCUGCUCGCAGUCUUGCUCCCAGUUAUAAACAUCUUCACCUACAGCCUUCGCUCUAAUGCAGCCUCGGCGCGUGACCUCAUAGCGCUGGCUAUAGACCCGAAGUACUUCGCGGUGAGAGGCCACUUCAAUGGACAAACGCCCAGUGCCGCCGCUCAUAUCAGUGAAGAUGAGAAGAAACGCGAAGCUAUAUGGGAUGCAUGUUGGGAAUGGACCGGAAUGAAUGAAGACGAGACCUGUGUUCCCAGGCGGUGCGCUUGA